AAUGAGCCAACUAUUAUCUUCAUAUCAUCUAUAACUGGUCUUACUACUUAAACAUCUCGUUGAGAGCCAAGGGAACAAGCACAUGCUGCAUGUUAACUAUUUAUAUUAGGUUUCUUUCAAAUCAAUAGUUUGAUUAGACUGACAGCUAGAUUAGACUCUUGAAAAUUAAUACUCUGAACUCACAGAGAAUCUCAUCAUCAUCAUCCAGAAGAUCUUAUGACUUGACAACACUCCAAAAGAAAAUCUAGCAUUGAAAAAAUCACCCAUCACGCCAAAACCAAAAAAAGCCCCAAAAAAAUCUUCAUCUUCUGCUAUAAAUUUCUUUAAUACAGUUCCUAAAUUCAUAAACACAAAGCUGAUUUCUUGGCUUUGGUUGCCUCUGCUUCUUUCUUUAACCUCAAGGUGUAAGUGGUGAUAGUUAUACAAACCAAAGAUGAAUCUUGAAUUUGAUGACUCAAUCAGGAUGCAUCCUGGAGUGAGAAGACAAGAACGGGACAAGAUUCGAAGAUGUUUUAUAAGACUUGUCGAUAGUAAACUGGAUUUACACAGGAAUGGUCCUUUAAACAGACUCUCCAUCAAGUGCAAAGAUGACGUUGGUCCAGCUCCUGUCAUUCGUUGGAUAAGCAAAGUUCUGAACCGUCAUGUUACAGAACUUGUUCUAAACAUCUCUUCUCAUUGGUCUUGGCCUCUCUCUUCCGAGGUUGAUUCGAGUGUAACAAUGUGUCAAGAAUUUUGGGAAUCUUGCUCCGUAUCUAGCAUUACCCUCAAGAGACUAACGUUCCGGUUUAAACAAAUGGUUUAUGAUAAUCCAAAGAGUGUAUCGUUUGAUACUCCAAAUCUUGUCUACUUUGAGUAUUCUGAUGCUAUUGCAGAUACCUAUCCAAACGUGAAUUUUCCUUUACUUGUUGAAGCUAGUCUCGAUCUGCGAAUGACUCAUGAACAGAUCGGUCAGGCUAAACUUUCAGACGAUGAUAUAGCUAAAGAAAAAGAGGGAACUAUGGUUGGGAAUGCAACGGUUCUUCUUAUGGGAAUAUGCAAUGUUAAGAAGCUUUACUUAUCUGACAACACUCUUGAGGUUCUUGCUUUCUGCUGCAAACCAAUGCCGGUUUACAACAACCUCGUUCAUCUAACUAUCAAGACUCACCCAAAUGUAGAAUGGGAAUCACUGACUGCACUUCUCAAGAACUGUCAAAAUCUUGAAACUCUUGUCUUCGAAGGACUUCUCCAUAGAUAUGGAAUGAAUUGUGGAAGUGGAGAGUGCCUAUGCAAACCAUGGGAGGAGGAGGAGGUUCCUACUUGCUUAUCAUCAAGUCCUGUGAAGGUCCUUGAGAUAAUGAAGUUUGGAGAUAUCUGUGAAGAUGAGGACAUGGAUAAAAUGAUGGAGCAAGUUGAGUACUUCCUUGAGACGAUGCCAAAUCUUGAACAACUCAUAAUACACUAUGAGACGGAUAUUGAUGAAGAUGUGGUGGAAGUUUUAAGCCAGUUUCAGAUGGUUUCUAGAGAAGGAUUAAGCAAGUGUAAGAUUCAAGUCAUCUCUGAUAACCUCAACUUGUCAUCUACUUAAGCAUCUUCGUGGUUUCUUAAGUUGGUAUUGGAUUCACUCAUGCUUCUUUCUACCGUUUCAAAGACAUGAGUGUGUCUCGGCUUUAUGUUUGUAAUAGUAUCUAAUGACUUGUUUUGUUUAUGGUCUUGAUGGUCAGACCACAACUCAAUGUAUUAAUUUUUCAGUUAAUGUAUUAAGUUUUAGUUUGUCU